CGACACUUCACUGGAGACGAGAAAGAAAUUGCGGAGGUGAGUGUGUCAUGCAAGUCUGAUCGCUUGAAGUAAAUGAGGCAACUGAUUAAAAUUAACUGCAUUUUAAACAUCACUUCCAAGUCUCUAUAAUAACGACACUUUUGUUGAAUGUGAGAGGAUGGUAUUGAAAGAGAUUCCAGCUGACAAUAUCACCCGCCCUUUGGGCAGGAAUGAGGUUAUAGGUUUACUCUUCCGCCUUACGAUAUUUGGUGCCGUCACCUAUUUUACAAUAAAGUGGAUGGUGGAUGCUAUUGAUCCAACAAGAAAACAAAAGGUUGAGGCACAGAAACAGGCAGAGAAACUAAUGCGACAGAUAGGAGUGCAGAAUGUCAAGCUUUCUGAAUAUGAGAUGAGCAUCGCAGCUCAUCUUGUGGAUCCAUUGACCAUGCAUAUUUCAUGGCGUGAUAUCGCUGGCUUGGAUGAAAUUAUAACUGAACUGAAAGACACAGUUAUACUUCCAGUUCAGAAGAGGUAUUUGUUUGAAGGAUCCAGACUUCUUCAACCACCUAAAGGAGUGUUGCUGUAUGGGCCUCCGGGAUGUGGGAAAACUCUAAUCGCCAAAGCUACUGCCAAAGAGGCUGGAUUCCGCUUCAUUAACUUACAGCCUUCCACUCUCACUGACAAAUGGUAUGGAGAAUCCCAGAAACUAGCUGCAGCCGUGUUCUCUCUGGCCAUCAAACUACAGCCUUCUAUUAUCUUCAUUGACGAGAUAGAUUCCUUUUUGAGGAGUCGUUCGAGUUCAGAUCAUGAGGCCACGGCCAUGAUGAAGGCUCAGUUCAUGAGCUUAUGGGAUGGACUGGAAACUGACUUCAACUGCCAGGUCAUAAUCAUGGGAGCCACCAAUCGGCCACAAGAUCUUGAUUCUGCUAUACUGCGAAGAAUGCCAACUCGAUUCCACAUCAAUCAACCAAGUCUCAAGCAGAGAAGAGAUAUAUUGAAACUGAUUCUGGAAAAUGAGAAAGUGGAGUCCGCUGUGGACCUUAGUGAAGUUGCAAAAAAUACUGAAGGGUUUUCAGGAAGUGACCUCAAGGAGACGUGCAGAGAUGCCGCACUGCUCUGUGUGCGUGACUUUGUACACAAUGAUGAAAGCGCAGAGGGAGAUUGUAUCCGUCCUAUCUGUCAAGAUGACUUGCAAAAGGCGAUCCUCAAGAUGAAGAAGUCCAGAUCCGCAGGAAUGCAUGAAGCAUUUAAGCAUGUACCACUGGACUGAAUGUGUUGCUGCCGUUUAAAAAAAAUACAUGAACUUAGACCUAAUUUGUUUUUUCUCAUCUGUGACAUAAGGAUGUGUCAUGUUUGCAAAAGAGGGAACCCAGGAUCUGUAAAUGGAUUUUUUGCCAUUUCUCUGAUCAUCUCUUCCUGCACGGUCAUUUACUUGCUCUGUUGUUUUGCCACCCAGUUGUUUCUCUCUGAAUGUGGAUUUUGUUGUGGUUUGUUUACUCCUUGAAAGUCAUCCAUUAAUGCGGUUUAUGAAGAUGAGCAACUGUAUAGGAAACUAUUCCUAGUUACAUGAACAUUUAGAAUCAAAAAGUGAUUUUCUAAGAAUAUGUAACACAAAUACGGCUGAUUUGCGAGCACAGAUGAACUCAACUGUCAAGUAACACAAUUUUAACUCAAGCAACACUCUUCAAAAAAAAAAAAUUGGCCUAGGGAGUAAGUCAUUUAAGUUGUGUUUACAGUUAAAUCUUAAACUUAGUCCAGAACGGAGGGGACAUGACGGACAUAUUGUGUACAUAUUUAUUUGCAAAACAUUAAAUAUGGUUGGACUAAACUAAUUGAUCUGUAUUGAACUGCAAGCUGUUUCAUAAGCCUUUGUUUCAGAUUUGGAGCCAGUUCCAAGCCACUGCUGUUACUUAUCAGUCUGCUAUUAUUCAGAUGGUUUGGUGGUGUGAAUUAUGUAAGUGAAAGAAUGAAUGAAUGAAUGAAUUCUAGUUUUUCUUUUUGGCUGUAGUCUGCAACCGGUUACUUCAGUUAAAAUGGUCAGAUCAGAAGUUAGUAUAAUAUGCAACUUCUCAAUGUUUUGUUUACCUUGUAAAAGAACUGAAUGGUCAUGGGUUUGUCUUAAUGGAUUUUAUUGUAAUUACUGCUGAAUGCACAUUUCACCAAAUAUGGUAUGAAAGUUUAAAUCAUCAAAUUGUACAAAAGGUAGCAUUUAUUAAAUACAUUUACUGUAAGAUCAUAUCUUUAGGUUGGUCCCAUAAGAAAUUGGUAAGGCAAUAAAUAUUCUCCUGUUCCUUCA